CACUGUAGUGGAGACCCUGCGGCGCGGGAGUAAGUUCAUCAAAUGGGACGAGGAGGCCUCCAGUCGGAACCUGGUGACUCUGCGCGUGGACCCAAAUGGCUUCUUCUUGUACUGGACGGGACCCAACAUGGAGGUGGACACACUGGACAUCAGUUCCAUCAGGGACACGAGGACGGGCCGUUAUGCCCGCCUGCCCAAGGACCCCAAGAUCCGAGAAGUUCUGGGCUUUGGGGGCCCCAAUGCCCGACUGGAAGAGAAGCUGAUGACGGUAGUAGCUGGGCCAGACCCGGUGAACACAACGUUCUUGAACUUCAUGGCCGUGCAGGAUGACACAGCCAAGGUCUGGUCCGAGGAGCUAUUCAAGCUGGCUAUGAACAUCCUGGCCCAGAAUGCUUCCCGGAACACCUUCCUGCACAAAGCAUACACGAAGCUGAAGCUGCAGGUGAACCAGGAUGGACGGAUUCCAGUCAAGAACAUCCUUAAGAUGUUCUCUGCGGACAAGAAGCGCGUGGAGACUGCACUGGAGUCCUGUGGCCUCAACUUCAACCGGAGUGAGUCCAUCCGGCCAGAUGAGUUUUCCUUGGAAAUCUUUGAGCGGUUCCUCAACAAGCUAUGUCUGCGGCCAGACAUUGACAAGAUCCUGCUGGAGAUAGGCGCCAAGGGCAAGCCGUACCUGACGCUGGAACAGCUCAUGGACUUCAUCAACCAGAAGCAACGGGACCCAAGACUCAAUGAAGUGCUGUACCCGCCGCUGCGGCCCUCCCAGGCCCGGCUGCUCAUCGAGAAGUAUGAGCCCAACCAGCAGUUCCUGGAGCGAGACCAGAUGUCCAUGGAGGGCUUCAGCCGCUACCUGGGAGGUGAGGAGAACGGCAUCCUGCCCCUGGAAGCCCUGGACCUGAGUGCAGACAUGAGCCAGCCGCUGAGUGCCUACUUCAUCAACUCCUCACACAACACCUAUCUCACGGCGGGGCAGUUGGCUGGGACCUCGUCGGUGGAGAUGUACCGCCAAGCACUGCUGUGGGGGUGCCGCUGUGUGGAGCUGGAUGUAUGGAAGGGGCGGCCACCCGAGGAGGAGCCUUUCAUCACCCAUGGCUUCACUAUGACCACGGAGGUGCCACUGCGUGAUGUGCUAGAGGCCAUCGCUGAGACCGCCUUCAAGACCUCCCCCUAUCCCGUCAUCCUCUCCUUUGAGAACCAUGUGGACUCGGCGAAGCAGCAGGCCAAGAUGGCUGAGUACUGCCGCUCCAUCUUUGGGGAUGCGCUGCUCAUCGACCCACUGGACAAGUACCCGCUGGCUCCGGGCGUCGCCCUGCCCAGCCCCCAGGACCUGAUGGGACGCAUCCUGGUGAAGAACAAGAAGCGGCACCGGCCUAGCACGGGCAUCCCCGACAGCUCGGGGCGCAAGCGGCCGUUGGAGCAGAGCAACUCGGCCCUGAGUGAGAGCUCAGCCCCCACCCAGCCCUCCUCUCCCCAGCUCGGGUCCCCCAGCUCCGACAGCUGCCCAGGCCUGAGCAAUGGGGAGGAGGUGGGGCUCGAGAAGCCCAGCCUAGAGCCUCGGAAGUCUCUAGGUGAGGAGAACCUGAACCGGGGCCCUGACACCCUUGGACCUGCAGACCGUGAGGAAGAAGAGGAAGACGAGGAAGAGGAGGAACAGACUGACCCCAAAAAGCCCACCACAGAUGAGGGCACGGCGAGCAGUGAGGUCAACGCCACUGAGGAGAUGUCAACGCUUGUCAACUAUAUUGAGCCCGUCAAGUUCAAGUCCUUUGAGGCAGCUCGAAAGAGGAACAAGUGCUUUGAGAUGUCGUCCUUCGUGGAGACCAAGGCCAUGGAGCAGCUGACGAAGAGCCCCAUGGAGUUUGUGGAAUACAACAAGCAGCAGCUUAGCCGCAUCUACCCCAAGGGCACCCGUGUGGACUCUUCCAACUACAUGCCCCAGCUCUUCUGGAACGUAGGCUGCCAGCUUGUGGCGCUCAACUUCCAGACCCUGGACUUGCCAAUGCAGCUGAACGCGGGCGUAUUUGAGUACAAUGGGCGCAGCGGGUACCUGCUCAAGCCUGAGUUCAUGCGGCGUCCAGACAAGUCCUUUGACCCCUUCACUGAGGUCAUCGUGGACGGCAUUGUAGCCAAUGCCUUGCGAGUCAAGGUGAUCUCGGGGCAGUUCCUGUCUGACAGGAAGGUGGGCAUCUACGUGGAGGUGGACAUGUUUGGCCUCCCCGUUGAUACACGGCGCAAGUACCGCACACGGACCUCACAGGGGAACUCGUUCAACCCUGUGUGGGACGAGGAGCCCUUCGACUUCCCCAAGGUGGUGCUGCCCACGCUGGCUUCCCUUCGCAUUGCGGCCUUUGAGGAGGGCGGCAAAUUCGUAGGGCACCGGAUCCUGCCCGUGUCAGCCAUCCGCUCAGGGUACCACUACGUCUGCCUGCGGAACGAGGCCAACCAGCCGCUGUGCCUGCCAGCCCUGCUCAUCUACACUGAGGCCUCCGACUAUAUCCCUGACGACCACCAGGACUAUGCGGAGGCUCUAAUCAACCCUAUUAAACAUGUCAGCCUGAUGGACCAGAGGGCCAAGCAGCUGGCUGCCCUCAUUGGGGAGAGUGAGGCCCAGGCUGGCCCAGAGACAUGCCAGGAGACCCAGUCUCAGCAGCUGGGGUCCCAGUUAUCCCCAAACCCCACCCCUAGCCCACUGGACACCUCCUCCCGCCGGCCCCCAGGCCCUGCUGCCUCUCCCACCAACACCUCUGUCAGCAGCCCAGGGCAGCGGGAGGAUCUCAUUGCUAGCCUCCUCUCAGAGGUGGCCCCAGCUCCAUUGGACGAGCUGCGAGGGCACAAGGCGCUAGUGAAGCUCCGCAGCCGGCAGGAGCGGGAGCUACGGGAGCUGCACAAGAAGCACCAGCGGAAGGCGGUGGCCCUCACUCGCCGUCUGCUUGACAACCUGGCCCAGGCCCGGGCCGAGAGCAGGGGCCGGCCCCGGCCAGGAGUCCAAGGCGGGGCUGCUGAUAUGGAGGACACAAAGGAGGAGGAGGAAGAAGUGAAGCGGUAUCAGGAGUUCCAGAACAGACAGGUGCAGAGUCUGCUGGAGUUGAGGGAGGCCCAGGCAGAUGCAGAGGCCGAGCGGAGGCGGGAGCACCUGAGACAGGCCCAGCAGCGGCUCAGGGAGGUCGUCCUGGAUGCUCAUGUGGCUCAGUUCAAGAGGCUGAAGGAGAUGAACGAGAGGGAAAAGAAAGAGCUGCAGAAGAUCCUGGACAGGAAACGCCACAACAGUAUCUCAGAGGCCAAGACGAGGGAGAAACACAAGAAGGAGGCGGAACUGACAGAGAUUAACCGUCGGCACAUCACCGAGUCGGUCAACUCCAUCCGUCGGCUGGAGGAGGCCCAGAGGCAGCGGCAUGAUCGCCUCGCGUCUGGGCAGCAGCAGGUCCUCCAGCAGCUGGCGGAAGAAGAGCCCAAGCUGCUGGCCCAGCUGGCCCAGGAGUGUCAGGAGUGGCCGGGGGGGCAGGAGAUCCGCCGGAGCCUGCUGGGCGAGACGCCAGAGGGGCUUGGGGACAGGGCCCUCGUGGUCUGUGCCAGCAACGGUCACGCGCCUGGGAGCGGUGGGCACCUGUCCAGUGCAGACUCCGAGAGCCAGGAGGAGAACACGCAGCUCUGAACUGGCUGAGCGAGAGACGAAGAAACUGAGGCUCAGAGCGGAAGUCACGUGCACCAGGUCACAGCUAAGCCAAGACGUCCUGGCCUGGAGCAGGGCGGCCUGGACCCUCUGUGGCAGACUCUCCGGCCAGCCUAGUGGACCUGCUCCCUGCCUCGGGGCCGGCAGGGAGCGUGUAGCUGGGCUGUGCAGCAGGGUUAGGCUGGCAUCUCUUCAAGGCCUCUUCCAGCUUCCUGGCCCUUCCCUGCAGUUGCCUCCCUCCUCUGGAGGAAGGCAGCCUCUUAUCUGAGCUUAUCUCCUGCCAAUUGAGUGUUUGCUUUGCUUUGUUUUUGUUGCAGCCUCAGGCAGAUGGGGUGGGGAAGUGGAGUAGGGCCUUCCUGGGGUUGGGGAGACCUCUGUCCUGGCCUUCCUCCCUCAGGGUCAGUAUGCUGCUCCCGGCCUAUCCCCUAGUCUGCCACUCUCCUGUAUUCCCUGGCCAGUCCAACUCUCAUCUUCCUGACCCCUGGCCCUGAAACAGAAACACUACACGUCCCUGCCAUGCGUCCUCAGUCAGCCCACUCUAAACUCUGGGUGUGGCAUUCAAAGCCUGGCUUCUACUGCUCCCCCAACUUGCCUUAGGUCCACUACCCCAUCCCAGGAAGGAGAGCUCCCCCCACCUUCAAGUCUCAGCUCUAACCUGCCUCCUCCCUGCAGCCCUCCCUAACUCCUCUGCGGAGAGAGCCGCCCUCACCCUGGCUCUGGCCCCUCUGUUGCAGCAUCCCAUCCUGAGUGGCAGGCGAUUGCCACCAGGAGGCUUCACCAAGCAGGGGCUGAGGCGAAAUUCAUCUCUAUCCAGCACAAAGCACUGGCCUGGGCUAUAGGGGGCGCUAAUAAAUCUCUUUGAACUGAG